UGCGGGCACGAUGGAGAACGGCUCGGCCAGCCCGGGAGCCGCGCUGGGCAGCGGCAACCAGAGCCUGGGCAGGAUGCCCCGGCAGCCCCUGGAGCUGCAGGUGGUCACCAUCCUGCUGGUGCUGCUCAUCUGCGGCGUGGGCAUCGCGGGCAACGCCAUGGUGGUGCUGGUGGUGCUACGCACCAAGCACAUGGUGACCCCCACCAACUGCUACCUGGUGAGCCUGGCCGUGGCCGACCUCAUCGUGCUGCUGGCGGCCGGGCUGCCCAACAUCUCCGAAGUGGUGGCUUCUUGGGUGUACGGCUACGCCGGCUGCCUCUGCAUCACCUAUUUGCAGUACCUGGGCAUCAACAUCUCCGCCUGGUCCAUCGCCGCCUUCACGGUGGAGCGGUACAUCGCCAUCUGCCACGCCAUCAAGGCACAGCUCCUGUGCACCGUGUCCCGCGCCAAGCGCAUCAUCGCCUCGCUGUGGCUCUUCACCUCCCUCUAUUGCCUCAUGUGGUUCUUCCUGGUGGACACGACCCAGGUCACCUUUUCGGAUGGGGCGCAGGUCAUCUGUGGCUACCGGGUCUCCAGAAGCCUUUACAUGCCCAUUUACUUCUUGGAUUUUGCUGUCUUUUACGUCAUCCCACUGGGGCUGGCAACUGUCCUCUACGGCCUCAUUGCCCGCAUCCUCUUCGUGAGCCCGCUGCCCGGCACCCCGCAGCAUUCCUUCCUGGGCUCCAUACACCAGGGCAGCUCCCUCAAGCUCUCCUGCCGGGGCAGCAGGGGCGCUCUGAGCUCCCGCAAGCAGGUGACCAAGAUGCUGGCUGUCGUGGUGGCCCUCUUUGCCGUGCUGUGGCUGCCUUACCGCACGCUGGUGGUGGUGAACUCCUUCGUGGACCCUCCGUACCUGAACACCUGGUUCCUCCUCUUCUGCCGCCUGUGCAUCUACCUGAACAGUGCCAUCAACCCCAUCAUCUACAGCCUCAUGUCACAGAAGUUCAGGGCCGCCUUUAGGAAGUUAUACAAGUGCCAGGAGAAGAGUGCUGAGCACCCUGCCCCGUCCACCACCCCGGUGUACUACAGCGCUGUGAAGGACUGUUCCCAUGACAGCUCUGACCACAACCUCACCAAACAGGAGGAUCUGAGCAGGCUCCCUGCACCUGCAAAGAAGAACAAACAAAUCCUGUGAGCCUGAAACAAUGCAGGCAGUGGGAGCUAUGCAGCGUACCCACUGUGCUGGGAGAGUGCCAAGAGGAAUUGCUUUGGCAUUGCAGCGAGCAUCAUUCAAUACUUCUUCAGGGCAUUUAACAAAACAUACCGUUAUAGGCCAAUUAAUUUGCUUGUCCUUAACGCUAAUUUAUUCUUGUUUGGUGAAGCAUUAGGCACAUAUCAAUAUUUAGCAUCUCUAAAGCAUCCAUUGUUAAAUAUAGCAGUGCAACCCUGUUUUGUGUUACAUGCAAGUGCUGAGCUAGGCCAAAGCAUUGAAAGGAAUCCCAGGAACAGAAGGGCAUUCAAGAAAAAAUUAUACCUCUUUUUAGAGUGAGUCUCUCCCACCUAAACUGACAUGCCUGUAACACAGACACCCCAUGGAAGCUGCUCCUCUGGAGUCCUUUUGAAAUUAGUGGGGACAAUUAGGCACUUCCACGUGUCUCCUCUCAUCUCAACACAUUCCUGCAAGGAAUGCACAUCCCUACAGAGGAGAUAAAUACCUCCAAGAUGUGAGGCCAUUGGCUGUAAAGGGACUCUCGGGGGAGACUCCUACAUCAGGAGUAACCAAAUUUGGGUGUCACGAACCUCAUGCCAUGUCUCUGGAAACAUUGCUGGUAGCACAGGAACCCAAGGUCCAGACUAGUUGGAUUUGCUACAAUGAACAAACUAAUAAUGAAAGAACUAGUAAGUGAGUGUUUCCUAAUGUAACAGAAGUACUUCCAGCAUUGUGGUCUGAGUUUCUUUUGGAUAACUUUAUCUUUCCUGUCCAGAUCCCUCUGGUUGCUUCAGCUGGAAACUGUACUCUUGUCCUGUAAUCCCCAGGGUGGUGUAGCCAUGUACCAUAAAGCAGUGCUGCUCUCUGCCCCAGCUACAGUUGCAUUUCAACGGCAGGUGAAGAAAUUCUCUUAUUUCCUGGGAAUAACUUGUGAAGUCCAUUAAGUGUUUUGUGAUUAGUGACACACAUAUUUAUUGCUGCUGUCAUCUUGUAAGCAAAGUAGAUAUUCAUACCCUGCAGCACCCAGGAAACCCGUCCAAGGACACUUGCCCCAGACUCGCAAGAGACUAUCUGGACUAUGAGUAAAAUCAAGAAGAUUACACAUGAGCCAAAACCUAGGGCUAUUGCCAAAUAAAACAAGUGUCUGCCACCCAUAAACCUCAAGUGACUGUGAAGUAUUACUUGAACAGCCAGUGCAGCCUCACUAGUCAACACUGGCUUUCACCAAACCAUAAUGUUAAAAGAGCUCAGAAUUUUGCAUCCACUCGGGAAAAUAUGUGUGUGAUAUUUUUAUGAGCACAAGAUGUUAAUUAACCAUUCUGCAUCUACAGGAAAUCACUUUUCUGGGUGAGUCAGGACAAGACCUCAAGUCCCCUCAAUGUGUUGGAACUGUCCAGGACCUAUUUUGUUGUAUUUAGGGAGGUUGUGCAUGUAUGAUUAUUAUAUUGCAUGUUAUUCAACCAUCUCUGUUGCCCCAAAAAUAGCUAUGAGGGAAGAGAAUAUUGGCUUUUUGCAAUUAUUUUAAACAUAAUGGAUUUGGAAUGUAAGGAUUCAUGCUAUUUUUGCACUGUUUUGUGUAUAUCGUGAGUUUAGGAACAGAGUUCAUAUAUAUUGUUGUUAAAAAAGCUCUGCACAGAGAUUUGGGAUUUACUUCUUGAAGAAAAUGGAGGUGUUUUUGAUAACAUGUGAAGAUUUGCUUGUAACCAUCUUUUUUUGUAGUACAGACUUCUUUUUCCUCUUAGAACAGGAUUUUGCUUAGCAGCUCAGAGCAAGCCAUUGAUAAAAGCAUCAGCAGACAAACAGAGCAGUAAGGAUCAGGGUAAGGUGGAGGAGGGGGAAGGGGAUCCCUGGGUGACUCCUGGUGCCUCCGUGGGGCCUUGAGCACAGGCAGCACCUUUCUGGGGAUGGGCUGCCCUGCAUCCUCCAGCCCUUCACCCUGAAGCUGUGAGUGCAGAGAGCUGCAUGUGGGAAGAGGAUUUACUGUUGGAGCUUGGAAACCCACCUGCAGCCCGACCCAAGGCAUUUCUCAGGCAUGGGAUGUGCAGUUUGACAGAUGGCCUUGAUGUCUGCGAACACAAGGAGCAGCUUAAUUCUGAAGCAUCUCCAGCAGGAUGUUUUCCACCUCAUCAUCACAUUUUCUAUCUUCACUCUUCCCCUUUGUGCUUCUCCCCCCAGACACAGACACCCUAAAAGCACUAUACUCUUAAUUAAAUUCAGCCUCAGGCCAAAAGCUAAUUGAUAGUUCUGAAAUAUUUGUUCAACAUACGUGAGAUACAAUUAAAAUUGAAUCUCUUCUCCUGUUUCUACUCUUAGCUGCCAAGUACUGCAUGACCCUUCGCUAUUUUUUGAGAAGUAAUGGGCAGAUAAAUUCUCCUGGAACCACGAGAUCUCCAACAAAUGCACCAGAGCGUUAAACUCUGUAGAUGAGGAAUGAGUUCCUGCUCCUUCCCCCGCAUGUGUUCUGACACUUAGGAGGAACUGAGAGACUUUUAGGUGGAAGUGGAGGCAGAAGGUCAGCACUCAGCUUGCUAAGGAGAUGCUGGUUGAGAGGACAGGCAGCUUCAUGUGCUAGGAAUAAAUCACUAGCAGAAAGGAAUUUAAAGAAAUAACUCAUCACUUCCUUUGGAUAUUCAGGGUCUGAAUAAAAACCUUAGUUCCUUGUAAGAAAUCAGAGAGCUCUCUUGAAGCUUCAGCCUGCAUUACCUUGUACCUUGCAACAUCCCACCCUGCUUGUAAAGUCUCAAGCUGUAUUUUACCCUCAGCAUUUAUUUGUCUCAACAGCAUGAGUGUGGGCUGUGAGUUUAUAAACAUGCCAGCAAAUAAAGAAUCUAUUGCUCCUAAGUAAUUUACUGCAUUGAAGUGCAACUCAA